AUGGCCGUAAUCAACAGCCUCCGACGCUUGGCUCGUUCCACUCAGGUUAAUUUGCACAGCAGGUAUGCUGCUUCGUCCAAAUGCAUGUCUGGGAACUAUACCUCAAGGAUCUUCACUACACAGGCAUCCCCGGAGAAAUCCCCAGUUGGGUCAAAGGGGCAUGAUAUGCUUGCACCUUUUACAGCUGGGUGGCAGAGUGCUGAUUUAGAUCCCUUGAUCAUUGCUAAAUCCGAGGGAAGUUAUGUGUAUGAUGACCAUGGGAAGAAAUAUCUUGAUUCUCUCGCUGGUCUUUGGUGUACAGCUUUAGGAGGAAAUGAGCCAAGGCUUGUCUCUGCUGCUGUUGAGCAAUUGAAAACCUUGCCGUUUUAUCACUCCUUUUGGAACCGUACUACUAAACCUUCUCUGGAUCUUGCUAAGGAUCUUUUAGAAAUGUUCACGGCCAACAAAAUGGCCAAAGCAUUUUUCGUAAACAGUGGAUCAGAGGCCAAUGAUACACAGGUCAAGCUAGUUUGGUAUUACAAUAACGCACUUGGGAGGCCCGAGAAGAAAAAGUUUAUAGCGAGAAAUAAAUCGUACCAUGGUUCCACUCUAAUAUCAGCAAGUUUGUCUGGUCUUCCAGCGCUUCACCAAAAUUUUGAUUUACCUGCACCGUUUGUGCUGCACACAGAUUGCCCUCACUAUUGGCGUUUUCAUCUUCCAGGUGAAACGGAAGAGGACUUCUCAACCAGAUUAGCCAAGAAUUUAGAGGAUCUUAUCAUUAAGGAGGGACCAGAAACCAUUGGUGCUUUUAUCGCUGAACCCGUAAUGGGUGCUGGGGGUGUGAUACCUCCACCUGCUACCUACUUUGAAAAGAUCCAAGCUGUUGUUAAGAAAUAUGAUAUCCUGUUCAUUGCUGAUGAGGUGAUAUGUGCGUUUGGACGACUCGGGACCAUGUUUGGCUGUGAUAAAUACAACAUCAAGCCAGAUCUUGUGUCCUUAGCUAAGGCACUGUCAUCAGCAUAUAUGCCGAUUGGAGCCAUUCUUAUGAGUAAAGAAGUGGCAGAUGUCAUUUAUUCUCAAAGCAACAAGCUAGGUGCUUUCUCGCAUGGAUUUACUUAUUCUGGCCAUCCAGUUUCAUGUGCUGUAGCAAUUGAAGCGAUAAAGAUUUACAAAGAGAGGAACAUACCGGAGCAUGUCGCCAAAGUUGCCCCAAGGUUUCAAGAUGGGCUUAAAGCUUUCGCCAGUGGUAGUCCUAUUAUUGGAGAGAUAAGAGGAACGGGUUUGAUUCUCGGGACUGAGUUUGUAGACAACAAAUCGCCAAACGAACCAUUUCCACCAGAAUGGGGUGUUGGAGCAUACUUUGGAGCCGAGUGCCAGAAGCGUGGGAUGUUAGUUCGUGUUGCAGGUGAUAGCAUAAUGAUGUCUCCACCGCUCAUUAUCUCACCUGAAGAGAUCGAUGAGUUGAUUGCGAUCUACGGGAAAGCAUUGAAAGCAACGGAAGAGAGAGUAGAAGAACUCAAGACUCAGCACAACAAGUGA